AUGGGAGUCCUGAAGGUGUUUGCCGUUAUCUCAGCUAGCGCCUUGUGCGCUUUGGACGCCGAGGCAAAAUUGCCACUUUCCGGAGCCCUCCAAUCAGAAGGGGCCAGCAAGCCCCCCAGCGGCCCAGGAGGCAUCGCUGCACAGGGCAACUCUGAGGCCAAUCCUCUACCCCCAGCUGAAACCUCUGAUAUAGACUUUGAGUCUGAGACAGAUGAUGGCUCCUCCUCUAUUGACGAGUCAAGCGAGGUUGUUCCUGCCCCGGUUCCUGCAACAACUGUUUCUGUUUCUCCUUCUUCUCCCCCUGUUUCGCAGCCUGCUCCUACUAAGCCAGCGGUAGCAGAGGGCGUUGCUCCUGGUGCAUCUGUUCCUUCUGUUGCUCCUCGUGCUUCUCCUGCUUCUGCUACUCCUUCUACUCGUGGUGCUCCUGCUUCUGCUACUCCCUCUACUCGUGCUGCUCCUGCUUCCGCCACUCCUUCUACUCGUGCUGCUCCUGCUUCUGCUACUCCUUCUACUCGUGGUGCUUCUGCUACUCCUUCUACUCGUGGUGCUCCCGCCCCUGCUACUCCUUCUACUCGUGCUGCUCCCGCCCCUGCUACUCCUUCUACUCGUGGUGCUUCUACUCGUGGUGCACCUGCUACUACUACUUCUGCCCCUGCUACCCGUACUGCUCCCGCUCCUGUUCCCACCCCUGCACCUGCUACUACUCCUGCCCCUGCUGCUACAUCCGUUUCUACACCUGCUCCUGUCGCUGCCCCUGCCUCUAUUUCUACCCCGGCUCCCGCACCUGUUGCUCUUGCUGAAACCACGGUUCCUGCUGCUCCUAAGGCAGAACCUGCUCUCCUUAGCGAAUCCGAGAUUACCGAAAAGAAAGAAGAAUCUCGCAGCUCCAUCCAGGAAUCCACAACCCCAUCCGCCAUGCUAGCCAGCGUCACCAGUGCAGCGGGCGCUGGGGGCCGUAGUUCAGACCCAACAACAACCACAAGCACAACCCAAGCACCACUUAAGAAGGGCAGCGCUACCUCUCCGUCUGCUUUCGGGGUGAUGACCGCGGUUUCGGCAGUUGUUGUGGGUUUCUUGCUGUUCUGA